AUGGCCUCUGUUGCCGAUGCCAACGGCACCAACACAACUGCCGGUCAAUCAGGAUCCUCAGGAUCUGGCCAGCCCAGCGGUUCGGGCGGUGGCUCGUCUUCGUCUGGAACCGGUGGGAACUCUGGCUCCUCUUCCGGUUCCCAGCAGAAAUAA